AUGGCGCAGCAGGGUUUUCAUGGCCCCGGCCUCCCAGCCGCCUAUUUCAACGACAUGUCGAAUCAAGAACUGUACAGUGCCAUACCGGCCGCCGGUCUCUAUGUCAUACCGGCCGUGGAUCCGCAAAACUUGACCGAGGAAUUCCACUGCCGAGUACGGGAACGCCAAGCUCGGCCUGCUCAGUUCGUUUCAAACGGGCCUGCCCAGGAAAUAGUCCAGGUCAUACCGCAAUACCCCUUCGAGGCCCAAAGGCUGUUGGACGUCGUCAAAGAGGAAAUGCGCUGUUUCAAUGCGCUCGAGGAGGACAGGUGUCCCCCCUGGUAUCCCAAGUCGCAAGUCGCGCACGUCGUCCACCACCCUGAGGAUGUGCCGGACAUCACCUCGCCUUGGAAGGGAGAAUGCGACGACGGCGCCCGUGUCCUGUCCAAGCAACUGUAUUACUGGCGCAGGUUUCGCUCCUGGCAGAUAGACCGCCGCGAACGACUGACUCUCUUCGACAUCGAACGAGAAUCGCGCGCUCACCUACAGAGACACGGCAUCCAGAUUCCCCGUGACUUUGAGUUGGACGAGCUGCCAAGCCAUCAAGACCAGGCAAUGGAAUGGCUGGAAUUUCUCGACUUUGUCGGACGAGAACGCAGUGUGCUCCAGCGUCGACUGAAAGAGUGCCAGAGGCUUCAUGAAUUCCACUGGCACAAAGUGCGCAAUUCGGGCCAGUUGGCUGGUGACACGACGGAAGAAGACGUCGUGGCUCAGAGAGAAGAUCGUUUGGCGUGGUUCAGAGCCCGCCGCCACGAGGUAACAACGGCCGCCAAUGCAGAUCCUGAAUGGGCGACCAAACGGGUGAGUGAACUAGACCGUCAAUCAAACAUACUCGAGGAGUAUUACGCCGGCGUCGAUAUCCUGCAUCGGGCAAAACGCUUCCACGGCCAAAUGGCCGCCAUUUGGGAUUGGGCCGUGGCUCACUUGUUCAGACUCGUUCCAAAACGUGGCCAGCAAGUUCAACUUCAAGCAGACAUCGGCGACGGAGCAGUCGCCCAGACGGCCUCUGCAGGUUACCGAGAGAACAGUGGCGCUUCCCGCCGUUUUCAACCACCUCUGCCACCGAGCGCUUGUUCUUCUCCUGCUGCGGAAAGCCCAAGUUCUCCAGAAAAUCCGGCCCCGACAAGGGGACAAACGUGGUUGGCGAUGAUGACCCAUCCAAGCGACCCAAGAGGAGAGCGAGGAAGCCGUUGCGUCGGAUAA